AUGUCUUCCUCAACGGGUGCUAGUAGUGCACCCAAAACUGUGGAGGGAUCAGUACUUUGGCAAUUUGUAACUAAAUUGGAUAAAUUUGGUGGAAAAGGAGAAAAUUUCAAAUGGAAGUGCAAUUAUUGUGGUGUAACAAAAAAUGAUUCAUAUACAAGAGUGAAAGCUCAUUUGUUGAAAGUUACCGGAGAAGGGGUAGCGGCUUGUGAGGUUGUAACAAGUCCAAAAGUUGCAAAAUUUCAUAAAUUGAUUGAAGAAGAGAAAGCAAAAGCGGAACAAUCCCAACCGAAGAAAGUUCCAUUGCCUCCUUCUAGUGCCUCUCUUACGAGCACAAGUUUCAAUGAAACACAAGGAGGCUUGGGAUCGAAAAAGAGGAGGGCAAAUACUAGUGAAAGUGAUAAUCCUGUCAUUAAAGCAUUCAAUGUUGGGGCUCGGGACCACUUACAUAACGAAAUUGCUCGAAUGUUUUACUCCGGGGGAUUGCCUUUCAACUUGGCAAGAAAUCCACACUAUGUUAGUUCCUACAUGUAUGCUGCGAAUCAUAGCAUACCGGGAUAUAUACCACCGGGGUACAACUUGUUGAGAACUAGAUUGCUUCAAAGGGAAAGGGCGAAUAUUGAACGGUUGUUAGAUCCUAUUAAAGGGACAUGGAAGGAGAAGGGCUUGACGAUUGCAAGUGAUGGUUGGAGUGAUUCUCAAAGAAGGUCUUUAAUUAACUUUAUGGCAGUCACCGGAGGUGCACCAAUGUUUCUUAAGGCUGUUAAUUGUGAGGGGGAAAUAAAGGAUAAACAUUUCAUUGCUUCAUUGAUGAAGGAGACAAUGCUGCAAAUUGUUAAGGUGGCGGGACAAAUAAUUGAAGCCCAAUACCCUCACAUCUUUUGGACUCCUUGUGUAGUGCACACUCUAAAUCUUGCCUUGAAGAACAUUUGUGCCGCGAAAAACAUUGAGAAUAACUCACUUGUGUAUGAUGAGUGUAGUUGGAUUACUAUUGUCGUUGGUGAUGCAAGUUGCAUCAAGAAUUUCAUAAUGAAUCACUCGAUGAGAUUGGCUAUUUUUAAUGAGUUUGUUUCUUUGAAGUUGCUUUCGGUUGCCGAGACUCGCUUUGCUUCAUCCAUUGUAAUGCUUAGGAGGUUUAAGCUCAUCAAGCAAGGUCUUCAAUCGAUGGUAAUUAGUACUCAAUGGAAUUCUCAUAGGGAGGAGCAAGGGGCUUCAUUUGUGAGGGAGACUUUGUUGAAUGAGAAGUGGUGGGAUAAGGUGGACUACAUUCUAUCAUUUACGGCACCUAUUUAUGACAUGCUUAGAGAAUGUGACACGGAUAAGCCUACUCUUCACUUGAUUUACGACAUGUGGGAUAAUAUGAUUGAGAAAGUGAAGUGUGUCAUUUACAAGCACGAAGAGAAGCAUUUGGAAGAUGAGAGCGAAUUUUAUGAUGUUGUUCAUAAAAUUCUAGUGGAUAGGUAUUAUAGUGACAUAUGGCUUGAAGAGGAUCCAAAGCGAGUUCCUCCACACAAGGAUGAAGAGGUCACGAAUGAGAGAAAGAAAUGCUUGAAAAGGUACUUAAAUGAUUCCACGGAGCGUACCAAAGCCAAUAUGGAGUAUGCCAAGUUCUCAACUAAGGAGGGGUCAUUUUCCGAUGUUGAUUCUAUUGAAGAUAGAUAUAAUAUGGAUCCUCAUAGUUGGUGGGUAAUUCAUGGUGCAUCCGCCCCGAUUCUUCAAACUUUGGCCUUGAAGAUUCUCACUCAACCUUCUUCUUCUUCAUGUUGUGAGAGAAAUUGGAGUACAUACUCCUUCAUCCAUUCAUUGAGAAGGAACAAAAUGACCCCUCAACGGGCGGAGGACUUGGUGUAUAUUCAUAGUAACCUCCGUCUUUUAUCAAGGAGAAGUCCACAAUAUUGUAAUGGGGUAACUAAGAUGUGGGAUAUUGCGGGAGAUCAAUUUGGCUCACUUGAUGAUGUUGGGAUGCUUGAGGUUGCAAACCUCUCACUUGAUGAACCCGAAAUGGAGGUUGUAGUCUUCACGGAUGAUGGAGAUGGUGACCAAGCCAAUAGCGAUGAAGAAGUGAUAGAAGUUGGGUCUAAUUGA